GCCUGGCGACAGUGACGUAUCAGCGGGGGGAGCGGAAGAGGGAGGCGGGAGGAGACGCGGAAGUUCCCGGAGAUCGCUGGAAGUUGGGUCGCCGACAUGGGGGCCUCCGGCAGCCGCCUGUCCCGAGAUCUCCUCGGAGAGUACCAGGAGCUGACCUUCCUGACCAAACAGGAGAUUCUGCUUGCCCACAGACGGUUCAGUGACCUGCUGCCCAAGGAGGAGAGGGAGCAGGCGUUCAUGACGAGGAUCCCCAAGAGCAAGAUCCUGAUGCUGCCUGAACUGCGGGCAAACCCCUUCCGGCAUCGGAUUUGCCAUGUCUUCUCUACGGCAGAGGAUGGGGAAGGCAGCCUGUCAUUUGAGGAUUUUCUGGAUAUGCUGAGCGUCUUUAGUGACUCUGCUACACCAGAGAUCAAAUCACAUUAUGCCUUCCGCAUUUUUGAUUUUGAUAAUGAUGGAACUUUAGACAAGAGGGAUUUGGAAAAUCUGGUGAACUGCCUGACGGGGGAAGGAGAGGGCAGCCGGCUGAGCUCAGUGGAGAUGGAGCAGCUCAUCCAGAAUAUCUUAGAGGAGUCUGACAUAGACAAAGACGGGACUAUCAACCUCUCUGAAUUCCAGCACAUAAUUUCCCGCUCACCAGACUUCACCAGUUCCUUCAAAAUCGUGCUCUGAUUCCCUUCCACCGGAAAAUACCACCGUGUCUCUAUGGAGUGACCGAAUCCCCUCUUUCUAGCCAGUGUGGAGGACAGCUGGGUCAAGGGAAGAACUAACCUUAUGGCCCCAGCCGGCCUACCUACAGCACAAGUCCUGCUGGCCCUCUCAGGCUUUAGGUCUGGACAGCCAGGCCCUUGGAGCGGGGUCUUCGAGCCUCAUUUCCCUGCGGUGGGUGGAGCAAGAGAUGCUGGGAGCCGUGGCUGGUCCUUGCGCCUCUUUCUUCACGGCAGCCUUGGCACUGGUGAGACCCAAGCUGGAUCUUGCACUGUGCACCUGACUCCUCUCACCUUCAGCGGCAAAGAGGCUUCUGUCCUGGGACUGCUGGAGCACCAUUGCCAGCUGAAUUUCUGUGCCUUUGCACCAGCACUUUCAACAUCUGCCUUCCACCAUCUGCCUGCAGGUUCUUUCUGGCUGCUGGACUGGUCAGCCUGGGCCUGGGAUGCUGGGCAACGGACAGCAGCGCCCAGCUACACGAUGCCUCUCCAGCUUCUCACACUCCUGCGGUGUGGAAUGCCUGUCACAAGGGCAAUUAUCAUGCCUGGCCUGGGUUUUUUGGGGUGGUGGUCUGAAUCCUUUCUCCAGUUCUUUGAGAUAGCAGGGAAGGGCACCUUUGAUCCAUAAUAGUUAUUUUCUAAAGCCUGAACUGUCCAUCUUUUUACAAAACCUGGCAUGGCCUUGUCUGGUUUCUACACGUCUACUAAUAAAUCUCAGGAGCUUGGAGUCUC